UGUAUUUAUUUUUAAAAAACCAAUAUUAAGAACAAGGACAUAAAUUUAAUAAAAGAAAAAAUAGAAAAAAAAAAAUUUUGCUCGGAGUUGGAGUCGUUGCCCUUCACACUUCACAGACUAUAUCAUAGUUUUCUGCUAAACCUCUCCACUUUAAGAAACCCAGAAAGAAAAGAUGCCAUCUUUGCAAACUGCGUUGCCCCCUGAACUUGCCAACAAUGCCAUUAGACUUUACCGGGAGUGUCUUCGAAGAGCUAAGUAUAUUGGUCACAGGCAAAAUAAUACUCCACUUCUCGUUGGAAUGAUAAGGCAGCAGUUCAAAAAAAACAUGCAUGAGACAGAUCCAGAGAAAAUUCAAAAGCUCAAGGAUGAUGCAGCAAGGGGGCUUAUAAAUCACAUAUUGUACGAGUCCGAGAAGAUGUCUGGUCGUAAAUUCAGCAAGACUUCUUGAUGUUGUUCGAGUUUGUAUCGAUGAGAUAUUUUUCUUGUUUAAUUUUUUAACAUUUGAGAUUUGGUAUGAGAACAGAGUCAUAAUCAUAAAUGUAGCUUUCUUUUAAGGCUAUUUUGUUGAAUUGGCUUUUUUGGAUAAAAACUAUAAGUUGUUGUUGCAUGCUUAAGCAUUACUUAA